UGGUAAAUCCUGCCUUGCAGUCUUUGUACACGAGCAACCGGAAGCUGAUCGAGAUAUACAGAGAUGGUUGCUAAGAAAUCAGGACAGAAGGCUAAGAAGCCAACAGCGUCGACAUCCAAACCCGCUGAAAAGAAGGCGGUUGCCGCAGUCUCGGCCCCUGCUGUCGUCGAGAAGGAGUCGAGUGAGAACGAGGCUGAGAUCUCGCUGGGUGUUGAUAGCGAGGACGACAGCGAAUCUGGCGAAUCUGAAAUGUACGCUGGAUUCGGAACUGACGAGGAUGAUGAAGAUGAGGAGGGAAGCGGAAGUGAUGACGAGGAUGAGAGUAUUGAGGGAGCGAGCGAGGUCGAGGACGACGACGAUGAGGAGGAGGACGACAAGUCUGGCAAGAAGAAAUCAGGUGUCUCGACUGAGAAGGAGGAGGAAAUCAAGGGCAAGAUCGCCGCUGCGGCCGCAUCAAAGAAGGGCAAGAACGACGGACCAGAGAAGCCGGGCGUGCUCUACAUCGGACGCAUUCCCCACGGUUUUUACGAGAAGCAAAUGCGCGCUUAUUUCUCGCAGUUUGGAGAUAUCACCCGUCUGCGAUUAUCGAGAAACAAAAAGUCCGGUGCGUCAAAGCACUAUGCCUUCCUUGAGUUUGCGUCCCGCGACGUUGCCCAGAUCGUGGCAGAGACCAUGAACAACUACCUGCUGUUUGGCCAUAUUCUUAAGGUCUCUCUUAUUCCAGAGGAGCAGGUUCACGAGAAGACGUUCGAGGGCAGCAAUAGAACGUUCAGAGCGAUCCCGAGAACGAAGAUCGCACAGUUGAAGCACGACAGAAAGCGCACGAGCGAAGAGACAGACAAGCUGGUUGGACGGGAAGAGAAGCGCCGGAAAGAGAAGCAGGAUAAGCUGAAGGCUUUGGGAAUCGAUUAUUCGAUCCCGGCGUCGAAGCAGAAGGUGAAGUCGCAUUGACCGGGUUGAAGCUACUGGAAACGGAAAUAAGAGGUUUCACGGGUGUAUAAUGGGUUUUUGAUUAAUACAAAAUA